UUGGGACCCGACUCUGUGUAGCAGUCACAGGCCCCAGUGCACCGGGCGGGAGCUCCGGGAGGCCCAGGGUGUGCGGACGAGGUGGACCGGGAUUGCAGGGAGGGGACGGCUGGGGCGUCAGCGGUUGUUCCCGCAGCCUCAAAGCCCGAACCCCGCCAGCCUCUCUUAGUGCAGGCGUGGGCUAACCCAUCUUGCCUGGAAGCAUCAGGUGCUUAGUGUAAACAGGCUGAGCGUGGGUGGCGUCUGGCUGUGUCCCUACGCUGGCCCCUUACUGCCUGCGUCACCUCGAGGGAGGCCCAGGCGGAGGUACAUGGUCUGGAGGAAUGAGCGCCCUCCAGGAUGGCCAGGCCGCAUGGGCUUUGGUCGUGGGUAGGUGGUGGGUACUCAGCCCUGUAGUCCCAGGACCCCUUCCCUCAGCCCAGUUCGUGCGGAGCCCUUUCCAGGAAAGCGCCCUUCAAGGCGCCAGCUUCGAGCAAUGUCUGUGCCUCCGGCGCAGUUCCCCGAGGCCUGGCUGCCUACGCCGCACCGGGUGCUCCCCACCCCCGCGGGGCCCCAGUACACUGUUUCAAUGCUUCUACCACGGAAAAAUGCACACAUCAGUUGGCAGCCCACAGACGACUCUCCACUGGCACCCACUUCCAGUCUCUUCUCACCUGCCCACAGGGAGAGCCAGGUUCCCAUUCAGCCGCCCGGAGCUCCUGAAGGAGUGGGUGCUCAACAUCGGCCGGGUCAACUUCAAGCCCAAGCAACACACGGUCAUCUGUUCUGAGCACUUCAGACCUGAGUGCUUCAGCGCCUUUGGGAACCGCAAGAACCUCAAACACAAUGCCGUGCCCACCGUGUUUGCUUUUCAGAACCCCGCACAGGUCUGUCCUGAGGUGGGGGCUGGUGGGGACGGCACACAGGAAGAGUUUCAGCCUCCAGACACUGAAGGCACUGUGAAACAGGUAAGACCCUGGGUACAAGCUGGUCUCAGAAAUGCCCCAGAGGACCCGGCAGAUGACAGGACCAGAGCCUCUCCUAAGACCACCGUUGGGAUUUCACAAGGGGAAGUGGGGGAAAUGGGGCUGGAGCUAGACCAGAAGGGUAGGGGGCAUUGUGACCCCAGCUCAGAAGCCUUCCUGCUGGGGACACAGGGCCACACCUGGACAGCUCUUACUACUGACCUCUGUCCUCAGGUCUUACCAGAGAGAACAGAAGCAAUGGAGGCUUCUGGCCUGCCAGCCGACCCCAUGGGGUUAGAACGGCCCUUCCCGGGACAGCCAUCCGAUCACAGCUAUGCCCUUUUGGACUUGGAUACCCUGAAAAAAAAACUCUUCCUCACGCUGAAGGAAAACAAGAGGCUCCGGAAACGACUGAGGGCCCAGAGGCUGCUGCUUCGGAGAACAUGUAGCCGCCUGCGAGCCUACAGAGAGGGACAGCGGGGACCACGGGCCAGACGGCCAGCACAGCAGAACUGAGCCCGAGGAGGCUCUGGGAUGUAGGGAAGUGGUUUUCGUCUUUGCUGUGCACAUUCCUAUACUGGUGCUGCGAGGCACCUUGAGACUGCCUGGAUAGGAUGCCCUCGUCAGGGGAGGGCCCAAGUGCUGGGGAACCAGAGGCACAAUCUCGGGUCUCCUGGGCUGAGGAUGGCAGCUGUGGGCCUGUCUUGUAACAGUGACCAAAUGUUAGGAGUUGUCACAGCCCUGCCAGAGAUAGCUCCCCGAGGGAGAGGUGGCCAUUCCCGCAGUCUACCUCCAGGAACACGGUUAGUCUGUUGGGUCCUUCUCACCUUCCCAGAGGAGCAGUUCUGAGGGCAGGGCAAGGGUCUCCCACACCAGCCUGUAUUUUUGACGACUCUUUCUGGCCUGGUCUAUGUAAAUGUGGAAUAAAUUCUUUGA